AUGCGGCGCUACGGCAUGGCAGUGCUGGCCGCCGCCGUUCUGCUCCCGCCGCAGCUGGUGGCACUGGUGCUCGUCGGCGUCGGUCUCUUGUACGUGUGUAACAGGUACCUCUGGCUCCGGGGCGGCAAGAGGGCCGCGGCUCCAAGUGGAUAG